UGUGUUUGCUGCUGCUGUGCACUCGCUCACGGCCACCACACCGCUUCUCCAUCUCCGACCUCCUUCUCGCAUUCUUUCAUUCUCUCUAUUCUCUCUCUUUCAUCUUGGCCGCCUAUCUCCAUCCAAGGCGUCUACACAGAGCUACAGUAGCGUCGAGCAUCGAUCCACACAUACACACACGCUUGCCAGGGCGAUCGGCGUAGCUGCGACACACCGUUUGCCCCAUCCUCAGUCAUCGGCAUCGGCAUCGACAGCCUCCCUCCAUCUCUCCUCCCUCCUCCCUCUCUCUCUGCUCAUGCGCCCAUCACGGAGACGAUUGGCUGCUGCGGCGCUGUUGCCGCUCGCAAGCGCGCAGUUGGCCAACACGUUUCGUCACGUAGGUAGCGCAGGCGUAAGCGCCCAACAACUCUUCCUCGGCGCCCCGCACAAGCUCUACUUUGUCGACAAGACGGAGAACAAUCCCAUACAAGUCCGAGGUCACCCUGCGUGGGCGACCGAGGUGGACACACGCACAUGGCAGCCCCGCGCAAUGGACAUUGCGACGAACGCGUUCUGCGCGGGCGGCACAGUACUCGGCGACGGAACUUGGCUCAACGUUGGUGGUAACCAGGCCGUCAUCGCGGGCGGCGUCGGAGCAUCUGACAACCCGGGCUCGCCGCCCGACGCACAGCAAGGCAACAACAUGUACGGCAACGCGGACGGUCGUAAAGCCGUGCGCACGCUACUGCCAAACGACGAAGGGACGGCCAAUUGGGUCGACGACCCGGCAAACUACUUGCCCCAUGAGCGGUGGUACCCCACGCUUGAGACGCUCGAGGACGGCCGCGCCAUCAUUUUCGGCGGAUGCCAGAACGGCGGGUACGUCAACGACGCCAACCAGGACAACCCGACGUACGAGUUUUUCCCCAAGGACAACUCUGGCCUCACCACCCUUGGCAUCCUGACCCAGACCCUUCCCGUUAAUCUGUACCCUCUCGUGUGGCUGCUGCCCUCGGGCAACAUCUUUAUCCAGAGCGGGUGGCAGGCCGUCGUCUUCGACUACAAGAACAAGGUCGAGUACCCGAUCGCCAACGUGCCCGAUGCUGUGCGCGUGUACCCCGCCUCGGCCGCGACAACCGUCCUCCCCAUGACGCCAGCGAACAACUGGACGGCAUCCAUCAUCUUCUGCGGCGGCACAAACUUGCAGAACAACGAGUGGGACCCCAACGUCCGCAACAUCGUCCAGGUGCCCACGGAGCGCUCCUGCGUCACCAUCCAGCCCGACGUCGACGCCGGCUGGUACCAGGAGGACGCGCUGGACGAGGGCCGGUCCAUGGGCCAGUUCAUCAACCUGCCCGACGGACGUCUCUUCUUCGUUAACGGCUGCGGGCAGGGCACAGCCGGCUACGGGAACCAGUCGUGGGCCAUCGGCCAGUCGUACGGCGACGUACCCCGCCUCACCUCCUACUACUUUGACCGGACGCAGGACCGGGGCAAGCGCUGGAGCCGCGCCGGCACAUCUGACACGCCGCGGAUGUACCACUCCUCAGCUGUGCUGCUUCCCGACGGCUCGGUGGUCGUGUCCGGCUCGAACCCCAACGCCGACUUCGUCAGCGCCGACAACCCGCCCACCACCCCCAACAACAACUACAAGUACUUCAGCGACACGUCGAUCGAGCUCUUCUACCCCGACUACUGGGACAAGCCGCGCCCGGCGCCGAGUGGCAUGCCCACGACGAUCGGGUACGGCGGCACAGGCUUCGACAUUGAGCUCACGAAGGCGGAUUUGGCGGACGCUACCGCCAACAUCGCGCGCACCAAGGCGGUCAUCAUCCGCACGGGCUUCUCGACGCACGCGCUCAACAUGGGCCAGCGCCAUGUCGAGCUCUCCACGAGCUUCAGCACCAACGAGAUGGGCGGCGCCACGCUCCACGUCGCCCAGCUCCCGCCCAACCCCGCCAUCCUCGCCCCGGGCCCCGCCAUGUUCUUCGUCGUCGUUAACGGCGUGCCCUCGAACGCGAGCUGGGUCAUGAUCGGCAACGGCCAGGUCGGGCAGCAGGAUAUUGGCGCCACCACCGUCCUCCCCCAGCCCACUUGGAGCCAGGACGUCGCGGAUGAGGCAAGACGGCUGAAUAUCCAGGUCUAGUUGUAGGACAAUCAUUGCUUAGGAAAGUACUGUAUUUCUGGGCGGGGCCAAGCUGCUGGUGCUGUCAUGGUUGGCGGGCUGGGAUGGAUAGC